CCCCGAGACGGCGCGCGCCCAGAGCGCGGGAGCCCGGAGCGCCGGGCGCCUGGGACCCCGCGGAGCCGCGGCUCAGCCCGCGGGGCUCGGUAGGGAUGCAGGCUGCGCUGUGAGCCCAGGCGCGAAGGCCAUGUCCGGCGCCCGCUGCCGGACCUUGUACCCCUUCUCUGGGGAGCGGCACAGCCAGGGGCUCCGCUUUGCCGCGGGCGAGCUGAUCACGCUGCUGCAGGUCCCGGACGGCGGCUGGUGGGAAGGCGAGAAGGAGGACGGGCUCCGCGGCUGGUUCCCGGCCAGCUAUGUGCAGUUGCUGGAGAAGCCUGGAAUGGUCCCCCCUCCGCCGGGAGAGGAAAGCCAGACUGUCAUCCUCCCACCUGGCUGGCAGAGCUAUUUGUCUCCUCAGGGCCGGCGUUACUAUGUCAACACGACCACCAAUGAGACCACCUGGGAACGCCCCAGCAGUUCUCCUGGGAUUUCAGCCAGCCCUGGCCCUCACAGGAGCUCUCUGCCUCCAACAGUGAAUGGAUACCACGCAUCAGGGACCCCAGCGCACCCUCCUGAGACUGCCCACAUGAGUCUCCGAAAAUCCACCGGUGAUUCCCAGAACCUGGGCUCCUCCUCACCAAGCAAAAAGCAGAGCAAGGAAAACACCAUCACAAUAAACUGCGUGACCUUCCCUCACCCAGACACAAUGCCUGAACAGCAGUUGCUGAAGCCGACAGAGUGGAGCUACUGCGACUAUUUCUGGGCGGAUAAGAAGGACCCCCAGGGUAAUGGCACAGUGGCUGGCUUUGAACUGCUGCUCCAGAAGCAACUGAAAGGCAAACAGAUGCAGAAAGAGAUGUCUGAAUUCAUCAGGGAAAGGAUAAAGAUUGAAGAAGAAUAUGCAAAGAACUUAGCUAAGCUCUCUCAGAAUUCCCUGGCUGCACAAGAAGAAGGCUCCCUGGGAGAAGCCUGGGCCCAGGUGAAGAAGAGCCUUGCAGAUGAAGCGGAAGUUCACCUCAAGUUCUCUGCCAAGCUCCACAGUGAGGUAGAGAAGCCCCUGAUGAACUUCCGAGAGAACUUCAAGAAAGACAUGAAAAAGUGUGACCACCACAUCGCGGACCUCCGCAAGCAGCUUGCCAGCCGCUAUGCCUCGGUGGAGAAGGCCCGGAAAGCCCUCACCGAGCGGCAGAGAGACCUGGAGAUGAAGACCCAGCAGCUGGAGAUCAAGCUGAGCAACAAGACAGAAGAGGACAUCAAGAAGGCGCGGAGGAAGUCCACACAGGCGGGAGAUGACCUCAUGCGCUGUGUGGAUCUCUACAACCAGGCCCAGUCCAAGUGGUUUGAAGAGAUGGUGACCACCACGUUGGAGCUGGAGCGGCUAGAGGUGGAGAGGGUGGAGAUGAUCCGACAGCACCUGUGUCAGUACACACAGCUGCGGCAUGAGACGGACAUGUUCAACCAAAGCACAGUCGAGCCUGUGGACCAACUGCUUCGAAAAGUGGACCCGGCCAAAGACAGGGAGCUGUGGGUCAGAGAGCACAAAACAGGCAACAUUCGCCCUGUGGACAUGGAGAUCUAGACUUGCCCCGGUGCCUCCGGGGGUCCUACCCAGGAGAGGGGCUGGCAUCACAGAGGGGGUGGAGGCCCCUGCUGGGUGGAGCUGCCCUCCCACCCAUUCUCCUGGUCCAUGGACAGAGGGAGGAAAACCUGGUAAUUGCCAGAAGGGUCACCUAGAUAGCCCAACUGGAGUUGCCCUGGAAUUCCCUGACCAACACGACCUUGGACCCACAACCCUGUCCCUGUCUCUAAGACCCCCCCACAACUCCCAUGCUGUGCUUGUCGCUCUGAGAACAAACUGAGGCUGGAACUUUGUGAUCCCUGCUGAAGUCCGCGGGGUGACUAUCACACACAUGUGUCCCAGAUGCCCCAAGGGGCGUCCUCCAGCUGCCCACCUUGUCUGCAGGGCUUUGGAAGAUUGGGAAGGAAUGUGUCUGUGUCUAAGCCAGGGUCAGGGUCAGAACUGUGGAUGGAAGGCGCCCUUUGGCUUGUAGCCCUUGCCACAAAUCCUUUGCAGCCCUCCCUCCCCAUUUUUUUUUCCAGUUGCAUUCUGGGAGUCACAGCUGAAUUUCUUGACUGCUUUUCAUCCCCAGUGGGCUUGGGAAGGCCUGGCUUUUCUCUUCCCGGACCUACCCUGCCUGAACAGGUCAGGUUGGAACUACCUCAUUUGGCAAAUUAGCCCCAAGUUGGAGCAUUUAAUCAUGGCUCCUGUCAGAUCAGGCAUUCCUCCCAGGAUCCCCUAAUCUACCACUCCCUCUCCUGCCUUCUGAAGGAAACCCACCUCCCCAGCGCAACAUCCCAUCCCAGUCUCAGUAGUUUUCUGAAGCUCUCAGCCAGCAACAUCUCAUCCAGAAGCAUGUCCUCAGAAGCAAGCCAGCUCAUCUCAGAAACCAGCCAGCCACAAGAGACCCAUGGGCCCCGUCUGACCACCACCCUCUGCAUCAUUGGGUUACCCUGGCUCCUGGCCCCUGGCCCCUACCCCCUACACACACACACACACGUGCGCGCGCACACACACACACACCAGGUUGCCCACCAUGGGCUUCAUGGGGCUCGGCAGUCCCACAUGAGAGAGAGGUCAGGCUGAAUCCAGGCAUCUCCAGAUAGUUCUGUCUGCUUAUGCACAAUGGGGUUGAGAAUGCGGGCCCUUGUUCAGGCACUGGAUAGGCACUGCAAGGUCUCAUGCAGCUGCAGUAAAUUGUUCACAUCCAUGCAGUAUCAGCACCAAACCUCACUGUGUACCAGCACUUCCCUUUGCUAUGCCCAGCUUCCUUGGAGACAACCGGGCAAGUAGGACCUGGGAAGCUCUCAGCACUGCCGUGAGGUCCAGCUCACUUCUUCUUUCCUUCCACUAGUACAGCAGAGGUGUUCUCAGUCAUAGUGAUCUAGAGACUAUCUGGGGGCUCAGGGUGGGGGUGGGGUAUUAGAGGUCACGUAGUGAUGGGGGCAGCUUCAAGCUGGGAACCUGUGCCCUGAGCAUCCAUCCUCUCGGUCUUUCCCAUUGAUGACUUUGCCUUUGACUGCACUUCUCCCAAGGGCCGAAUCCUGUGAGCGCAGCUCACAGAUCCUGCCUCCGUUCCAUCUUAUGUGCUAGCAAUGGGUGACUUCUAAUUCUUGGCUCUUUGGGCCCCACUUUUAGUUUACAUCAGAAAGAUGUCCAGUCUACUAAAGCAAACCAAGCUGUCAUUUUCCUUGCUGACACAUUCCACCCCUUGGCCCGCAUUGAGGUGUCUACAGGGUGAAAGCUGAGAUCUGUCCAUGUGCUGGAGAAACGGCAUCCCACGGAGAAGAAUCUGGAAUUGCUCCUCCUAGUUCUGGGCUUGGGCUAUGACACCAGCUACCAAUUUUACGAUACUAUCUCUUGGUUUCUUUAUUAAAAAUGGGUGCUAGUGGUAAUUGCUUUGUGGCUUAGUAAACUAAUUUGUGGGUGAUUUUCAAGAAUUUGAAGCCCAUAGCCUUGUAAUUAAUACAAAAUUUUGAGUGCAAUAUGACUCACUGACUGCCUCCUCUUGCCCAUUUAAGGGUUCCUAAGACCUCUGGCCCUGGAGUGGAGUAGGCUCCUGCCCCUCCCAGGGUACCCCAAAUUGGCCUAUUAUUAGAAAUACUUCUUUCCUCCUUACCCCCUCACCCUCGUCUCUUGAGCUCAUUCACAUACACCUCUUCUUCCCCCCCCCCUCAGUUCUUUCAUCAAGCAUUUAGUUAAAGUCAAGCAAUGUGCCAGGAUCUAAUCUGACAACAAGCUAUAGCUCUACUAUGGAGGAGCCUACGAGCUUAUUUGGUAUAGAUUUAUCUUUUCCCCAGUGGCCUGGCAGGCAGAUAACUUCAGCAUUGACAUAAAGAUACUCUACAGGAUUGAGAUGUUCACAGGUACUGUCUGUUGGGCUGAUUAAUCUGCAUUCAUUCAUCCAUCAUGCUGGGUGGUGGAACUGUAGUUGCAUAUAAGAUGAGCACUGCCUCUGUUCCCUGCUCUCCCGAUGGACAAGGGAAUGUUUAGAGCUUUCUAGAGAGGAACAACAUCACUCACUCUCCAUGUCUACCUGGUGGGAUUCUUGAAUUAUAAACUUCUGUGAUGAGCUAUUUAUCUAGAGAGUGGAAGGAAGGCAGCAACAAGAGUUCAAUCACCUGGUCACCAGACCAUCAUGGCCCAGAUCCAGCUCCAAUUUGACAGAUUUUUUUUGUUGCUGGCUUUCAGUAACUCUCCUUGCUAAGUGGAUAGUAGGAAUGAAGCUCAAGCAUAGCCAGAGAGUGCCGGGGAAUGGCAUGGGACUCAGAUCCAACCUCUUUCCCUAUUAACAGGACACCUCUAGCCUUGGGUAAAAUCAAAAUUAGGAUGAGGUCUAGAAAAUCUGAAAUGGACCUUGGAGUAAGAAGCACACUAUCCAGGCUGUUGGCUUCACUUUUAAGGUGCUGGGGAUGGAACCUGAGGCCUGAUACGUAUUAGGCAAGCACUCUACCACUGAGCUGCACCCCCACUCUGUUGAGCAUGGUUUCAUGUUUGUCUUUCUGCUUAAGUUGAGAGGAUUUGGUUGGGGGAGUGAACAGCCAUGUUAGUUUCUAAAACCAGAUUAGCCCCUGGUACCUUCCACCACCUGGGAGACUUAGUGCACUUAGGUCUGUCUUGUAAAAGCCUGAUUUGUUUGUUUGUUACUCAUUUUGUUUUUGUGGUACUGGGGAUUGAAUGCAGCUCUUUCCCAUGCUGGACAAGCUCUCUGCCACGGAGGAGGUAUAUCCUUACCUGAAAGCCUUUGUUUUAAAAAAAAAAAUCUCUAAGCUGAACCAAUGUGCAAAGUGGUUAGUUGCUAUGGCAAACUCUAGGAAGAGCCGCCCAUCUCCCUAUUAUUUUACCUUCUCCCUGCUUUGGGGCAGUGCUGCAAUGCACAAGGCCGCGCGGGCCUGCAUGUUGGGCCCUGACGUUCCUGUCCUACCUCAGCUCCAUGGCCUGUUGCCUCUGGGGAUUUCUGUGGUAGGACAGCCUUCUCUGUUGGAUGAGGCAAAUGGCUGGAGCAAACAGGAAGUAUGAACUCAUGACCAGGGAUUUGUUUCUAUUCCCUUUGAGAAAACCAACCAAUUGCUAGAUUAGGAGAUGGCUGUGCAAAACUCUUGGCUGAGCUGAAGUCCCUUCUUGGAAAUACAACCUGUAAAAUUCAGAGGACAUCAGAGGCCAUGGCUUGUUCAGGGGAUUUUACCCCAGAUGUGAGUAGCUAUGACACAGAGCUCUGGAAAGGGCCUCCAAAUCUGCUGCUUGUUAUGGAGCUAGAGGAAGGCACUUCACAAAUGUCAGGUGUGGUGCAGAGCAGGAGCCUGCUGGGUGCAGUUGGUCACCAUCUCACUUGAAGAAUUCUUUCCUCCACUACACGACUCACAACCACCUUCUUCCAGGAUAGUGCAGGUGUAACUGGUGUAGUAAAAUUCACCCCUUUGAAGUAUACAGUUCUGCAAAUUCUGAAAAACUUAUAUGGUUUUGUAAUCAUUACCAAAAUCCACAUAAGAUUUCCAUCACCCUAAAAAAACCCCAAAACUGUACCUGCCCCACUGUGGUCAGUGCUUUCCUCCCGCCUCCUGACCCAGCAAGCCUGAUCAGUGUUCUGACCUUUUCUACAUGUCAUGUAAAUGGAAUCACGCUGAGGAUGUAGCCCUUCAUGGCCUAUGACAUUGUAUGUAACAGUGUGUCCCUUUCCCUUGCUGAGUAAUAACCGUAUCAGGUGGGCCACCCUGCUUCCUUGUUUUUAAACUGAGUCCUUGGCCCUGGAGGCUGAUGGCCUAGGAUCUUCAUCUUGCCUGCAUAACACUCCGCUGCUUCUGACAGCUCCCAGGGCUCUGCAGAUGCGAGCUAUGUCCACAGGUGUUUUGGGGGGUUACGCUCAUCUUUUUGGUCCAUGUUAGGUUUUCUCCAGUGCAGCCAGCAGCCGGAGUUUGCAGGGACAGUGGCAGACAGGGUCACAGCUGCCUUCCAGCUCUGGAACCCGAAGCUUGCGUCCCAGUCAGAAGACCCGCAUCUCCUGUGUGCCCAAUGCCAGCUCCAUGCUCCCUGCAUUCACUCAGCAUUGGGGCCUUGAAGGGGUGUGGGGUGAGAGGCUGGCACUGGCCCUAGGCGCUCUGUCAUCGCUCCCUGGACCAGUGGCUUCUUGUGCCAGCUGAGGGUACUUGUUCUAGGUGGGCUCUUGGGCCUCUCAGUACUGUGUUCUGUCUGCUCCCCCUCUUAUUUUCUGGUCAUUCCUAAUCUGGAUGUCAUCUACAUAACUGUGCAUAAGGUUGUCUAAAACCUUUCAUGAGAGUCACUUCUCCAUUUAGGUUGAAAUGUGACUACAGAAUUUUGUGAGCUAAGAAUGAGACCGCUCCUCCUAGGACAUACCCCAACUGCA